UAAUUAUAAAACCUUUUGCUAACAGACGGAACAAAUGAAUAAAUGUUCUCUGACCGCCGCUCGGCUGCUUCGCCGGCCGAAGCACAUCCGCGCAUCGUUUUUGGGCGGCCAUGAUGCAUUGUACGAGCGAGUGUCCGGAGUAAGUCGGAGAAGUGAGAUCGCAGUAACGUGUGCGUCUCUGAAGAACUACAGCGAGAUCGUGGUGAAAGUAAGUCGCAGUUCUUUCGUCUAGAAGCGCGAGGCCGCGACGAAAGUGUGCUCGUCGUAUCGUCACCCAGCGCUCGUGCACGCAGCAUGGUGAAGCGCAAGAACCGGGUGGUGUUGGAGUCCAGUAGCGGUGAGAGUGACAGCCCGGACGACUUGGACGGCGAGUUGCUUCUACUCGCUAAGAAGAAGAGGUGUGAGUCGGAGAGCUCGCCGCUGAAGUCUCAAGCAGCCGACGAGGUCUCCAAACCUGGCGGCGCGACCGCGUACAGCGACUCGGAGACGUCCGAGAGCGACGACGACUGGACCGUGGACGGCAAAGGUGGCGGAGCCAAGGCACGCAGCAAAGGCAAGCUGUCCAAGAAGACGGCGCGGAAGAACCGCUCGUCCGGCAGCGAGGCGGAGAACAAGAGCGACGCGUCGUCGUCGUCUGAGCCCGAGGAAGGCGAAGUCUCGGACUCCGGCGGUGGUUCCUCGGCGCCGGCCGGCGGCAGUGGCAGCGAUGACGACGAUGAGGACGAUCUCGAGGAAGAGGAGUUCAACGAUGGCUACGACGAGAACCUAAUGGGGGACGAGGAAGACCAGGCGCGGCUGGCACAGAUGACGGAGAAAGAGCGCGAGCAGGAGCUCUUCAAUCGCAUCGAGAAGAGAGAAGUGCUAAAGACGCGGUUCGAGAUCGAAAAGAAGCUGAGGUUAGCCAAGAGGAACGAGCAGAAGCGCAAGGCCAAGAAGGAGGAAGGCAGCUCCGCCAGCAACAAAGGCGGUGAAGGCGUGCCGGCCAGCUCCAGGUGCAAGGAGAGGCGACGCAUGGUGGAGGAACGAAAAGACAGGUUGGACAAGAAGGCGCAGGCCAUCAAGGACCUAAAAGCCGAACGCGAGAAAAAGCGCAAGCAGCUUCAGGAACAAAUGCUGAAGGAAGAGGAGGAGAAGCGCAAGUCGCAGGAAGAAGAGGAAGCCCAGGCCCAAACAUCCAGGAAGCUCAAAGCCAGUGACAUCUACUCGGACGACGACGACGACGAUGCUUCGGACCGGGAUGACGAGCAGGACGAUCAGGCCGGAGGCGACACCUCAGAGCGCCGACACUCUUCCUCUUCAUCUUCCUCCUCCUCCGAGGACGAAGAGCCGAAACCACAAGUAGCCGCGACGAAGGAAGAGGUCGGCAAAAUACGACUGUCGCGUCACAAACUGGAACGUUGGGUGCACGCACCAUUUUUUGCAAAGACUGUAAUUGGUUGCUUUGUUCGUAUCGGCAUUGGCUCAAACAAUGGUCGUGCCGUGUACAGGGUAGCGCAGAUUACCGAUGUGGUUGAAACUGCUAAAGUGUACGUCCUAGGUCGUUGCCGUACCAACAAGGGUUUACGCCUGAAGCACGGUAAGCAGGAAAGGGUGUUUCGACUGGAAUUUGUCUCCAACCAGGACUUCACUGAAUCUGAGUUCUUGAAGUGGAAGGAAGUGAUGGCUCUCGAGGGGGCUUCUUUCCCUACUGCUGAAGAGGUCACACGAAAGGUUAAGGACAUCCAAGACGCACUCAACUACCAGUACAAGGAGUCGGAUGUGGAGACGAUUGUGAGUGAGAAGCAGCGUUUUCAGCGCAAUCCACACAACUAUGCAGUGCGGAAGACUCAGCUUAUGAAACAGAAGGAGAUGGCCGAGCAGAAAGGAGAUCACGAAGAAGCACAGAGGUUAUCCGGAGAGUUGGAGCAGCUCGAGGAGCGUGCCCGCGAGUUGGACAAGCAGCGCACGAGCACAAUCAGCGCCAUCAGCUACAUCAAUGAACGAAACCGGAUGAAGAACAUAGUUGAGAUUGAACGAGCAAUUCUGGAAGAAGCCAAGUUAAAUAAGGAAAAAGCGGAUGACCCUUUCACAAGACGAAAAUGUGCUCCUAGUCUCGUUACGAAAAAGGGGCCGGCAGAGCCCAAGGUGGCCAUGCCUGUGCCCGUGAAAAAGCCGGAACAACCAGUCGUUAGUCCGGCUGCUGUCGAACCAACCCGUAAGCAACAAGAUCAGCAACCUCAUCGGAACGAAGAAGACAUGUUCUCCGCUCAUGACUUCGACAUAAAAAUUGACUUGGAUAUUUCUGUCUCAACGGCACCUUCGGCUGUGGCGAGGCCAUCAUCGGGUGCAAGGGCGGCCGUUCCCAAACGUUCACUUAACCUUGAAGAAUAUAAAAAACUGCGGGGACUUAUAUGACCCUUUCUGCAUUGGCGGCCUUUCCUAUGGCCGGCAACUGUGUGUGCCGUCAUUUAUGUCACUACGCUAAGCUAUCAUCUCUAUCGGCCUUACGGUAGCCAUGUGCAUAUUGCUUGGGCACGGGCGCUCUUGUGUUGAGAAUUGGGCCACUUGAUUGCCAAACAGCUAAUUUUUAUGCUUAUGCAAGCAUAGUUUUCUUUGGAGGGAUUGUUGUUAGCAUCUGCUUGUGUAAAAUGUGUUUUUACACCUGUAUCCUAUGAAGUCUUAUUCUUCAUUGCUAGUGGUGGCAUGUCUUUAAGCACACUGCGCAGUUUUGACUGUUGUACAUGUACACUGAAGGCACGUGAGAGAUAGAUUGGACAGCAGACCACUGUUGCUUGAUGCAGCAUCCAAUGCAAAUAUGUACAGUCAGGACUGCGUUGUGAAAACCAUGAGAUCGAGCGCUACUGUAGUGUAACUAUGUUUGUGAAGAAUCAGCCAUUGUGUAGCAACAAUCGUUUAAUUAAUAUGCUAAAAAGAUUGUGUAAAUGAGAAUCUUUAGGUGUGGUUUGCCUCUUUACAUGUAACCACCAUAGGCACUGUACAUAUUCAUUAAACUGUACGAAAUGUGGCAUCUUGCCAGAGCAUGACCAGAGCAUGAUGGCACCUGGCCUUAUACACUUAGUGUCUUGUUUGUUUUCAUCUUUCAUCAAUGUGUAGACUAGACUAAACACUCAAUGCCGCAAUAAAGCAAAACAUGACUUAUCCA